GGGGGCGCUGCGGACACACGAGUCAAGGCUGCCUUCCAGGAAGCAAACAAAAAAGAAAAAAAAGGAAAGAAAGAAAGAGAAAAAGGAGAGCUAGUGGCGAGCAGGGGGCUCGGCCGCCACCCACGCCCGCGCCCCGCCUCGCGCUGGUCACUGGCGCCGGGCUCCCAGCCGCUGCCCUGCCCUCGGCCGCUGCCCGGUGGCCCAGGCCUCGGACUCCGCGGCCUGCCGGGCGCAGCCCGCUGGCCGGCGCCCUCAGGGACCAUGGCCCAAGUAGCAGUGUCCACCCUGCCUAUUGAAGAGUCAUCUUCGGAGGGCAGAAUGGAAGUGACGUUCCUCGUGUCUGCCCUUGAGUCCAUGUGUAAAGAACUGGCCAAGUUCAAGGCAGAAGUGGCCUGCAUUGCAGUGUACGAAACAGACGUGUUUGUCGUCGGAACUGAGAGAGGAUGCACCUUUGUCAACGCCAGGACAGAUUUUCAAAAAGAUUUUGCAAAAUACUGCGUCGCCGAGGGCCCAUGUGAGAUGAAACCUCCCUGCCCUAUGAACAGAAUGCAGGUCCACUCAGGAGAAACAGAGAUACUCAGGAGGGCCGUCGAGGACUAUUUUUGCUUUUGUUACGGUAAAGCGUUAGGGAGCACAGCAAUGGUACCUGUUCCCUAUGAGCAGAUGCUACGAGACCAGGCAGCUGUGGUAGUACAGGGGCUUCCGGAAGGAGUUGCCUUUCAACACCCUGGGAAUUAUGACCUUGUAACCCUGAAGUGGAUUCUGGAGAACAAAACGGGGAUUUCAUUCAUCAUAAACAGACCUUUCCUGUGUCCAGAGAGUCAGCUGGGUGGUCAUAUGAUGGAAAAAGACACCAAGAGAUCAAUAAUGUCACCAAGUGAAAGCUGUGGGCCCCCCAAUGUGAAAACUGAACCCAUGGAAGAUUCUGGCACUUCACUGAAAGCAGCAGCUGUGUCAGUCAAGAAAGAAUCAGAAGAUCCUAAUUACUAUGAAUAUAAUAUGCAAGGAAGCUAUCAUUCUUCCACAAGCAAAGAAGUAAUGGAAAUGGAAUUACCAGUGGGAGAUUCUACACAGCUGGUGCCUCCGGAAACAACUGAGGACCCAGAAGUCGAGGUGAAAAUUGAAGGAAACACAAAUUCAUCCAAUAUUACAAAUUCUGCAGUGGGUGUUGAAGAUCUUAACAUCGUUCAGGUGACAGUUCCAGAUAAUGAAAAGGAAAGAUUAUCAAGCAUUGAAAAGAUUAAACAACUAAGAGAACAAGUCAGUGACCUCUUUAGCCGAAAAUUUGGUGAAGCAAUUGGUGUGGAUUUCCCAGUGAAAGUUCCCUACAGGAAAAUCACGUUCAACCCUGGCUGUGUGGUGGUGGACGGCAUGCCCCCAGGGGUGGUAUUCAAAGCCCCUGGUUACCUGGAAAUCAGCUCCAUGCGAAGGAUCUUGGAUGCAGCAGAGUUCAUCAAAUUUACAGUUAUUAGACCACUUCCAGGACUUGAGCUUAGUAAUGUGGGGAAACGAAAGAUAGACCAAGAGGGCCGUGUGUUUCAAGAAAAGUGGGAGAGAGCAUAUUUCUUCGUGGAAGUGCAGAAUAUUCCAACAUGUUUAAUAUGCAAACAGAGCGUGUCUGUGUCCAAAGAAUACAACCUGCGACGCCAUUACCAAACCAACCACAGCAAGCACUAUGACCAAUAUACCGAAAAGAUGCGUGACGAGAAGCUCCAUGAGUUAAAAGAAGGGCUCAGAAAGUAUCUGUUAGGGUCAUCCGAAAUCGAGUGUCCCAAACGAAAGCAUAUGUUUGCAAGUGUGAGUCCAAGUGAAAAUGCUGCUGCGCAACCUGUAGAAGACGUGGCUGGGAACUUAUGGGAGAAGUUACGUGAAAAAAUCAGAUCAUUUGUGGCGUAUUCCAUUGCAAUUGAUGAGAUCACAGAUAUAAAUAAUAUCACCCAGUUGGCUAUAUUCAUCCGUGGUGUCGAUGAGAAUUUUGAUGUAUCUGAAGAACUUCUGGACACUGUGCCCAUGACUGGUACAAAAUCUGGAAAUGAGAUAUUUUCGCGUGUUGAGAAAAGUCUGAAAAAGUUCAGUAUCGACUGGUCAAAAUUAGUAAGCGUGGCCUCCACUGGCACUCCUACAAUGGUCGAUGCCAAUAAUGGGCUUGUCACAAAACUGAAGUCCAGGGUGGCGACGUUUUGUAAGGGCUCAGAACUUAAGUCCGUUUGUUGCAUCAUUCACCCAGAAUCACUUUGUGCUCAAAAGCUAAAGAUGGAUCAUGUCAUGGACGUGGUAGUUAACUCAGUCAACUGGAUCUGCUCCCGUGGACUGAACCACAGCGAGUUCACCACCUUGCUUUACGAACUGGACAGCCAGUAUGGCAGCCUUUUGUACUACACAGAGAUCAAGUGGCUCAGUCGCGGGCUGGUGCUGAAGAGAUUUUUCGAAUCAUUGGAAGAAAUUGAUUGUUUCAUGUCAUCCAGAGGAAAACCCCUGCCUCAGCUGAGCUCCAAAGAUUGGGUCAGAGACUUGGCCUUUUUGGUUGACAUGACAAUGCAUCUGAACACUCUAAACAUCUCUCUCCAAGGGCACUCACAAAUCGUUACACAAAUGUACGACCUGAUCCGGGCAUUCCUAGCAAAACUCUGCCUGUGGGAGACGCAUUUGGCAAGGAAUAAUCUGGCCCACUUUCCUACCCUGAAAUCAGUGUCCAGAAAUGAAAGUGACAGCCUGAACUAUAUUCCUAAAAUAGUGGAACUAAAGACUGAAUUCCAGAAAAGGUUGUCUGACUUCAAACUCUAUGAAAGCGAACUGACACUGUUCAGCUCGCCGUUUGCAAUAAAGAUCGACAGUGUGCACGAAGAACUGCAGAUGGAGGUUAUUGAUCUACAGUGCAACACGGUGCUGAAAACGAAAUACGACAAGGUGGGGAUACCAGAAUUCUACAAAUACCUCUGGAGUAGCUACCCCAAAUACAGACACCACUGUGCAAAGAUCCUCUCGAUGUUCGGGAGCACCUACAUUUGUGAACAGCUGUUUUCCAUUAUGAAACUGAGUAAAACAAAGUACGGCUCCCAGUUGAAGGACUCACAGUGGGAUUCCGUGCUCCAUAUCACGACGUGAUGGGGGAAAGACUCCUGGCAAUGCUCCCAUGGUAUGUAAGGCUAAACUUUUCUAGGUUCAAGAGAUUGUGAGUUGAGAAAUUAACAAAUAUUUCCGUUUUUCGUUUUUCCACUUUGAAUUGGAAGUAUAAUUUGCAGUAACUUACCUGUUUGUAUGA